GUGAAGCGCAGGUAAAGUGGUGGUAGAGGUGGGCUACUGUUUGCAGGCGCAUCUGUAGCCUAUAACUGCACUAAGAAUGAAAGAGAGAGAGGGGGAGGGAGAGAGUAUGAGAAAGAGAGCAAACAAGUGAGAGGAUCCUACAUCAGUAAGAGCACAUGUGGAUCUGGAGCUCCAGUGGUCAUCUGUUUGUACUCCGUCCCUCUGCUGGCCUGCUGAUCAUCAGGAUGGAGGUUGGGAGUCCUAAUGCUGCUGCUGGUCCGUUGCUGUGGCUGCUUCUCCCUCUUCUCUGCCAGAUCACCGCUGCUCAGGAUGAAGCCAUUUGCGAUACUCAGGUUCGGGUCAGAAGGAACACUGUACUGACAACAGCCCCGAUGAAACCCCUGACGCUAAACUGCACCAUCACAUGGCAGAACUGUAACACAGAGCCCAAAGUCACCUGGUGUAAACUCCUCACUGAUGGCAGCUGUGUACAAGUGAAUCGAACACAUCAACAUCGCAUCUACCAGGAGAGAUCACCGGGAGGGGGAAAUGAACUGAUCUUUUAUCUGAAAUUCCACCAAGUGUCCAAGCAUGAUGAUGGUCUAUAUCGCUGUGAAAUAUCUCAACCUCAAUCUGUGAUCAGUCACGCCAUCAGCAUAUCUGUGUCAGAAACCCCACAUACUACCAAAGAGAGUCCACCCAUCAGGACUAAUCCUGCCUUAGAUUCAGACUGGCUGAUCUAUGUGUGUGUCUGCACUGCCUGUGCAGUGGUCAUUCUCAUCGUCAUCAUCAUCUGCUUUUGCACGCUCAGAGGUGGACAUCAAUUCACAGGACACUGUCUCUGCACUGAGCUACUACGAAGUGAGUCUGGUCAGGUCGCCUGAUCCACUGAAUGAUGUAGCCUACCAGUUAGACAUGACUGGCACGGCCACAAACAACAUACAUGUCAUGACUGUUAUAGCCAUGUUGAAUAUACAUAUACAGUAUACGGUAAAUGAAACUAUAUGGCCAUAAUGUUGACCAUGAAUUUAGACUUCAGAGCAAGCUAAAAAGAAAUAGUGUGGUGUGGCAGUGCAAUGUCACAGUCUCACAAUCGGUUGAUCCGUGUUCGCUUCCUGAAGCUCUGAGUUUGUUUUUCUUCGGAGAACAUCAUCUUUUAAACAUUAACUUCAACUUUAACUUACUUGGAUUGCUUUCACUCAGCAUGGUGUCAUCAUUAACCACAUAAUGCACUGUAUAGUUUUUUUAAGGUUUGCCUAAAAUGGCACAGCGCCUGCUUUAGAGGCCACCUAGUUUGGCCUGUAAUCAAAAGCUUGACCUCUCUGGAAAGCUGAGACACAGCAGGUUCAGUAGAGACCAUCAGGAUAACUGUGUGAUGUACUGACACAGGGCCACAGAGGCUAGAAUAUAGUUUUUUCUUCCAGGCGGAUUGCAAGCAUCUCUAAACUGACCAUAUAUCAGCCCUCUAAGUCAUAUAUACUAACCUAGAAACAAAAUUGAGCCCCAGCACCAGGUCUUGUUAGGUUAGGUGCAAAAGUAGAUCAAUAUAACAUGAAAUAUGAGUGCCGUAGACCAUUAUUUGCCAAGAUAUGUCCAUGCGUUUUUAAAAAUCCCCUAUGUAAACUCCCCAUAGGACUUUUGGCAAUCCAAAAUGCAUGACAAUCAAAUGCGUACUGCAGAUGAACCCCUUUGUGUAGAAGCAUAAUCUUGGUCUCAAAUUAAAGGUAACACUCUGAGGUUUCUUGUAGACUUUUUGGAUUGUAUGUCAGGUGUUCUGAGUAACUACACAUAAUAUGGACUAAUUACACAAAAGUCUCUAUUUUUGCAUUUACUUUGUUGGAUCAAUCGUUGUAUAUGCUAGACUAUACAUCUGGACAACUAAUAUGGGAUAAAACAACAUGAAGAUUCAAUUUCUAUGGAUUCUUGUGAAUAUUUCAGUACUCAACCCGCCGGCGGGUCAUGCGAAGAGUAGUUUGAAUUAAAGAUCACUGAUUAUUACACGGUGUGUUGGACUUUGGAAUUCACCAUUGUAAUUCUAAGCCUGAUUACGUAUGUUAUAUACUGUUAUGUUAAUUAAGAUAUAUAUGACUAUAUUUUUAAUUUUAUGAUGAUAUUUUGUGUGAUUUAAUAAAUGUUUUAAUAAAAAA